AUGGUUGCCAUCAAUGGGAAACACAAACAAGAACCAUCGAUGAAAAAUAACCUGCAUGAAGCACUUUCCAGUGAUGAAUCAGAUUAUGAAAUCAUAGAAGACUCAAAAGAGAAGACCCAGGCAAAGGUUUGCAAGAAAUCCAAAGAAGAAGUAGAAGAGCCAGUUUUGAUUGGCAGUAGUCAGAUUUUAGAAAGUGACCAUGUCAGACAGAUUGCUCAACAUUUGCCAGCAAAAGUCAUUGGAUAUAAUUGGAGACUACUAUAUAGUACAGACAAACAUGGCUUUAGCCUGAGGUCUAUGUACCGUACCAUGAGUGAGAUCAUUUCACCAACAUUGCUGAUUGUGAAGGAUGAUGAGGGAAAGGUGUUUGGAGGCUUCUCUUCCAAUGAGCUCAGGAUUAGCUCUAAUUUCUAUGGGACUGGAGAGACCUUCCUUUUCAGUUUCUCACCACAUCUAAAGGUUUUUCGGUGGACAGGGAACAAUACUUUUUUUAUUAAAGGGGACAGUCAGUCAUUGACAUUUGGUGGUGGUAAAUGCGGUAACUUUGGUCUUUGGUUGGAUGGAGAUUUAUACAAUGGAAGAAGUCAACAAUGUGAUACUUUUAACAAUACAAUAUUGUCCAGUAAGGAGCAGUUCCACAUUCACAGCCUGGAAGUGUGGGCAUUCAACUGAUCUUCUUUGGAUGUUUCCCUCAUCCAUCUUCUGGAAAGACUAUCAGUCAUGAUGAGAAUGGUUUGUGAGUUCGCAGACAACAAUUCUACAAUCAGACAAUAAACAGCCUGAGUUGUGUUCCUGUUCUGCAGGUGGCUCUGCUGGUUGGAGGCAAAAAUAGACUUUAUCAGCAACUUUAUAAUUGUGUCUUUUAAAAAGACUGCUGAGCUAUAAUCACAACCUAUGAGGGUUUUUAUAUCCCUUCAAUGUUACACCGGACUGGUCGGCUUAUCUUUAUCUUUACCACCCCACCCUCCUUUUCUCGCUCUUCAUUAUACUCCAACCUUCCUUCUCUCUCAAUCUUCUAUUCCCUCUUUGUUCACCCUUUUUCAACUUGUUUUUCUAAAAAUGUUUUAAAUAAUACUUAGGAGAUGAUAAUGUAUAGUUUGCUUUAUUAAAUGUACUUUUCAAACAACCAUUUAAGUAUAUGUUACCACACUGUUCUUGUCAUGUUCAUCUGUAUCAUUAUGUUACUUUAUUGGUUGUCAUCUUGAGACCGCUGCUAAGGUCACUUCCUUGUUUCUAUGUAUCGUCUCACCAAUAAAAUCUCCUUAGAAAAAAAAAAAGACUGCUGAGCAAGA